GAGCAGCACGUGGAAUCUCGAGCCCCGCCCCGGCGCUGGAACGCGCAGCUCGCUCGCACCCCUGGAGCGGAGCGGCGGCCAUGUUCUCCGGCAGCAUUCUGCUGCCCGGCGGCGAUGCGACGGCGGACUGCGUGCUACGCACCUCGGACGGCGGUGCAUUCCGCGCGCACCGCGCCUUCCUGUGCACCGUCAGCCCCUACUUCGCGGCGGUGUUCCGCAAGCAGUUCGGCUCGCCCAGGGACGUCCUCAUCGGCGGUGUGAAAGCCGCCGUGCUCGACGCGCUGCUUACGUUCCAGUACACAGACCAGCUAUGCGUGAGCCCCCAGAACAUCCUGGAGGUGCUGCAGGCGGCCGACAUGCUCCUGCUGGACGAUGCGCGUAAGCAGUGCCUGGUGCUGCUGCUGAAGACCAUGGGGAUUCAGAACUGUAUGGGCCUGGCCGCCCUUACGCGGCAGUACUACAGCCCGAGCUUCGCAGAUGCCGUGUUCACCUUCGUGCACGAGAACUUUGACGAGAUCUGGCAGCGCAGCGAAGAGUUCACGGACACCCCUGCAUGGCUCAUGUAUAAGCUACUGUCUUCGCCGGAGCUUAAUCCCGUCCACGAAGAAGACGUGCUUCACGCGAUUGCACGAUGGUUCUCGGCCGUCUCGUCACCUGAAGCGGUAGACCGCACAGAACUGCUCGAGUUGCUCCAGUGCGUCCGCAUUGGCCGAUGCAGCAAAGAUUCCCUGGACGAGUUCCGCAAUCGCUGGCCUUCGCUGUUUGACAGCGCCGAGUUCCAGGAGGCCAUCACGCAGGCCCUCACGCUGGGCCCCUGCAUGUGCUCGCCCAACAAGCUGAUGCGCGCACUGACCGAGCCGGAGAACCCGCCGGCACCGACUCCACCGGCUAACGCGGCUCCGAAUGCGGCCGCGGCUGCCGCCGCUGCCGUCAACGAGGCCGGAAACUUUUUCAUGGCCCUGCAAGCUCUGCAAGCCGCCGAGGCGGCAGUCGCCGCUCAAGCAGACGCUCAAGCAGCAGCCGCGCAGGAGGAAUCCGAGCCUAACUACGAGCCCAUGGAGCUGAAAAAGGCGCGCUGUGACCAGUGCGGUCGCACGAAUCCCGAACGGUGGCUGCCACGGCUGCCGAGUGAGCUGAUCUUUCUGAUUGGAGGAUGGAGCAGCGGCCAGCCGCGUUCCACCAUCGAGACGUUCGACCCACGAGUAGACCGCUGGUUUCAGCACGAGAACAAGUCUUUCGCUGCGAGAGCGUACCACGGCGUGGUCGUGUUUCGGCGGCGCAUCUACGUGGUGGGCGGCAUGAAGCUGCGCACGUACCUCCGCUCCAUGGACAGCUACGACCUGGACCGCGGCGAGUGGCAACACCACUCGCCGAUGCACGUGCCGCGGGCGUACGUGACCUCGGCCGUGCUCGGAGAGCACAUCUACGCCAUGGGCGGCCACACCGGCGUGGAGCGUACGUCCACCGUGGAGCGAUACAGCCUUCGCACAAACCAGUGGACCAUAGUUGCCCGCAUGAUGAGGAGGCGCAGCGAUGGCUCUGCAUGCACCUUCAAAGGCAGGCUGUACAUCAGCGGCGGCUUCAACGGCCGCCACGUGCUCGAGAGCGUGGAGGAGUACACGCCUUCCCUGGACUCGUGGUCGCUGGUGCGACCGCUGCCCCACCCACGCUGCAGCCACCGCAUGAUAGAGCACGGCGGUCGGCUGUACGUCAUCGGCGGCUUCGACGGUCGCCGGCGGCUGUACACAGUGCUCCGCAGUGAUGCCCACCUUCCACUGAGCUGGCACAAGCUACCUCCCCUGAUCUGCGCCCGCAGCACAUUUGCCGUGGCGCAGCUUGGAGACACAAUCUACGUCAUUGGCGGCUACAAUGGGACGGCACUGGUAUCGGACGUGGAGUGCUACACGCCGGGAAACAAGUGCUGGCAGAAGGCCAAGCCACUUAAUGGGCCCGUCAGCGCGCUGUCUGGCUGCGUCAUCACCGGCGUCGAGGCAGCCCGGAAGUUCUCGGCCCGAGGAGCUCUGCUGCCACCUGUGAAACCACAGGUCGCCUGAGAAGUCAAAGCGAAGCUACCACAUCUAACACACCGCAGCAUGACUAUACAAGUGUUUAAUCAAAAUAGCUGCUAUAUAUAAAUUAUUUAACGGACCUGUGACUAAAAUUUUAAGGCAGCACAAUGUGCCGCUAGUAGGCAUCGACGUUAGCACUUUGCUUCCAUUUCCUAGAAGAGCAGAUGUUAUUUUUUAGUAUGCGUACCACUCUUCGACUCGAAUCAUAUGCGACAGUACCCGCAAGUAUGCUGAGACGCGGAAGAACGCAGCCUGUUGCCUGCGAACGAAACUAAGACAAGUUCACCUGGAAGAAGGAAUCCUCGAGCAACGUGGCUCCCAGUUGGUGAUAAAAGUUUGUACGUCUGAGUAAUCUUGACGUGUCACGAAUGUCCACGUGGAGCAGCUUUCUUGCAUUCGUGAACCAUUACUCAGUAUAGUGAAACAAGUCCUGACUUCAUCCUAAAGACCUUUUUCUUUCUUGUUUUAUAGGAAGUGGGGGACAUCUUGGACGCUUUAGUAGGCUUUAGAUUGACAGGUGUACAGAUUUUCGUUCUUCAGGGACUCGUCACAGACGAGCCAUCUCCGUAGCCAGAAGAGCAAGGACGACUAAACUCAUGGCAAGCUGAAGCACAGCUGCACGCAGCCGGAUGAACAAUGAGCUGCAAUCCUUUUUUUUCUGCGCGUAUUCUCUCCAGCUACAAGAGUGGAACAGAGAUGGUCUACAGAACGAUGAUCUUCUAAACAAAGAUGGCGUCGUGAUGGCAGACAGUUAAUCAGCAGCAACUGGCAGCUUCUGAGCGACGUCAACGCCUCGGCAAGCCCAUUGGAGAAUCGACAGCAGGUCCGCAGCAGCCACAGUGUGCACAGUUGUACCGAUUUCCGUUCCUGUAGGACAGGCCAUAAAGCGAGUAACAAGGACAGUGACUGGUGAGAUUGUCUAAGCCUUUAUGAGCACCGCUUAUGAACUUAAGAUGUAUCGCCCGGAAGGUCGAGAUCCCUUAACAUGGCGCAGCCUCCCGCACCACUAUGAAAUGCAAUGGUGAACCAGCGCCGGGACGACUUCUAAAGCGAUGGCGGCUCCUAGGAAGCCGGCAGUCAAGCAGUGGCAUAAAACGGCAAGAGUGCUGACGAUACGAGUCGGUGCACCAUCGACAACGCGUCUCAAAACGUUCGACGACGAGGUAUCAACAAAACGACGGUGAUGUGUAUACCUGCGUUAAGAAGUCCUUCGUUUAGCCAGUUCAUGUAACUUGUUUUGGAGGCCUUGAUAACAAUGACAUUGUGACCCGUAUCGUGAACUCGCCUGGCCAACGGUGUGGUAGCAGCUUCGUCGGACGAUCGACAUGAACGAAGUCUCAGAGUGCCUAACCGCUGCGACCAUGUGUAUACUGUUCUCGAACCUUAGACUAGAAGCCUUUUGUUUAUAUUAACGCUGA